AUGGCGGGAACACGGAGAGGAACCAGCAGGGGAGCCGACGGAAAGAUGGACAUUGAGGUGGCAGGCAUGGGGCUCGGACGGCAAUUGGGGAGAGCAGACACAAUCAGGACGGUCAGGACGGCACCAACCUCAGGAAUGGGACUGAAGCGGCUCAAGUCACACGGUGGCUGGCCCCAGGCUGAAGGUUCGGCAGCGGAGCGUCGCAGGAGGAUGCCGGAGGAUGAGGUAAUCUGCAGCGGUAGCGAGCGGAUGACGUCUGUCACGCCGAGAAAGCUGACCACAACGAAGGGGAAAGAAGGAACAGGACGCACUCUGCAAGAACGAGCAAGGCGACGGACUUUCGGUCGAGGAAGAGAAGCAGAGGCAGUACGAGAAUUCGAAACGGCACGCUUUUCAAGGGCGGAUGCAGACCAGUUGCAGCUCGCUCGCCGCUGGGGGCGGGCGCGUUUGAGGAUCGCCAGAAGCCAGAAGAAGCUCGGGCGCGCAUCGAGACCGGACCAGCGACACCAUCCGCGUCGACGGCCUGUCUUCGUCGCCUUUGCCACGCUCUCCCCAUGCACACCGGCGCCCAUCGUUCUGCACAGCAUGCCGGAGAUUUCUGCAGCUGCUCCUUCGCACCUUGCAGCUCAUCACAGGGCCGCUCCAGCACCACUCUUCUCCAGGCUGUCAGCAAAAGCGCGCCACCGGCAGAAGCAGCAGUCCCUGCCUCCUUGUUCUCGUGUCCACGCAGCUGCCUCGUCCGACAGCCCAGAUCGAAUACAAGAGCCCCGUCUGCUCGCCGACUGCUGCUUUGACUCUGUUGUGCGCAGCCUGGAUGCUCUCUUCUCGUCAAGCCAGCUGGCUUCGGACUGCUAUCGAUUGGCUUUCCCGGUCUGGUUCCCACUCGGCCCGUGA